UUGUCGUUUUCUUUUGGUUUUGUUGUCAUUCUCCGUUCUUCACCCAGCAAUAACCAAUUACACAUUAUUUAUAUAUUUCAAUUUUGAUUUCGCAUAUCAUUUUUUUUUGUUUUUGAAGAUGAUUUGAUAUGAUCAUAGGAUGUCAAGUUUGGGGAAGUUCAUGUCAACGAUUUGCCCAUUCCCAUGGUUUUUAAUUUUUAUCCAAUAAAUGUGAAUAUCUGCAUCAUUCUUUCUGCAUUUUUUUAUUUCACCUCAAUUAUUUGGUAUGGACAAGUAAUUUGUGCAAAAUUCGAUUUGGGGCCUCUAGGUAGUUGGCAAGCAUUUUCCAACACAACAUGGCUCCUAAUCCGAGGCUCAAGUUGGUUGUUCCAUUCUUCAUGUUACUGUUAAUGCUUCUUUCCUUUGGUUGUUCCAAUGCUGAAUUGGAACAGGAGCUCGGAGCUGCUCCUCAUAAGAAGGUAAUUGUUGGGACUGGUGGGGAGAAUUCCCUCAAGUUAGAGGAAAUCAAUGGCAGAAAAGGUGGAGGCAGUAGUAGAGUUUCCGUUUCCACGGUUGCAUUGUUCACCUUAGCAAUGGCAGCUGCCACUGGUUUAGGGGCUCUGCCCUUCUUCUUUGUGGAGCUUGAUCCACAAUGGGCAGGGUUGUGUAAUGGAAUGGCAGCUGGUGUUAUGUUGGCUGCAAGCUUUGAUCUCAUACAGGAAGGUCAAUAUUAUGGUACUGGAAAUUGGGUUGUCAUUGGGAUUCUAGCUGGUGGCACCUUUAUUUGGUUGUGUAAGAAGUUUCUUGAGCUAUAUGGGGAAGUAAGCAUGUUGGAUAUAAAGGGUGCCGAUGCAACUAAAGUUGUUCUUGUAAUUGGAAUAAUGACUCUCCAUUCUUUUGGGGAAGGAUCUGGGGUUGGGGUCUCCUUUGCUGGCUCAAAGGGUUUCUCUCAAGGUUUAUUGGUAACUUUGGCUAUUGCUGUGCAUAACAUUCCAGAGGGAUUGGCUGUAAGCAUGGUGCUGGCAUCAAGGGGUGUCUCUCCACAGAAAGCUAUGUUGUGGAGCGUUAUUACAUCUUUACCUCAGCCAAUUGUAGCCGUUCCUUCAUUUAUUUGUGCUGAUGCAUUUAGUAAGUUCCUGCCAUUUUGUACUGGGUUCGCUGCUGGAUGCAUGAUCUGGAUGGUUGUUGCAGAAGUGCUUCCUGAUGCAUUCAAGGAAGCCUCUGCUUCACAAGUUGCAUCGGCUGCAACAAUUUCGGUAGCAUUUAUGGAAGCUCUAAGCACCCUUUUUCAGAAUUUCAACCGUGACAACAACUCUGAGGAUGGUUCUGGCUUCUUUGUUUCAUUACUUUUUGGCCUUGGCCCAUUACUUGGUGGGAUUAUUCUGGUUGUACUUGCUCUUGCUCUUCGUCUUCGGCAUACUAUCCUGAUGGGUAUAGCAUGUGGUAUUGCCUUUGUUCUUGGUGCCUGGCGACCAGUGCAGCUAAUUUUGUCUUCAAAAUUAGGAUUUGUUCCUGUUGUGUUACUCCUCGCAACGGGCGCUGCUUUUGUUCAUUUUUCGAGCUCUAGUGUAUUGAAGGUGGCAGCUCGCAAGAAAACCUCAGUCAAUGACUUGCCUUCAUUAACAGGCUUCCCUAUGAGUGUUCAAACCCUUCAAUCAUUUGUAUCAUGUGGUGCAGUUGCGCUACAUGCUUUGGCUGAAGGACUUGCGCUUGGAGUAGCUGCACCAAAAGCUUAUGGAUUUGGUCGUCACAUGGUCGUUCCAGUCUCUCUACAUGGUCUCCCCCGAGGUGCAGCUGUCGCUAGCUGCAUCUAUGGUGCUACUGAUAGUUGGCAUGGUUCUCUUGCAUCAGCUGCCAUAAUUGGAUUUGUGGGUCCAAUAUCAGCAAUUGGAUCUAUUCUUGCUGGGAUUGACUACAGUGGCCUUGAUCACAUAAUGGUCCUGGCUUGUGGUGGAAUAAUUCUAAGUUUUGGAAAUGUAGUUAAGAGAGCACUUAGCUUGGACAAGAAAAAAAGCACAUGUGGCCUCGUUAUGGGAAUUGGGUUUGCUACCUUAUGCCUAACGUUCACUAAAUUAGUUUGCUUGCACACACCUUACUGCAAUUCUGCACCAGAGGCUGUCAGAUAAGAAGAUUGUGCUGCAUUUCAUGCAUCCUCAAUUGUUAUAGGCUUACAUCAGGUAGUACAUAUGUUUCUAUAGUUUGUUCUCCCAACAAAUGUUGCAUAAUAUUGAAGAGUUCGGAGAAAUUGUAAAUAAAGCGAGACUAGAUAUUUUUUGGAGUGUAGGAAGAAAUGUCCAAAAGAGAACUUGAGACAGAUAUACAGUGACACUUUCAUAUAAAACCUGUAAUAUAGAACGUAUCAUGCACCGUAUAAAUUGCAUGGCCAUGUAGAACUAAUCA